AUGCUGAAGGUCUGGGCUUACCUCAUGGACCCCGGGCUCGUGACCCGGUUCCAGAGACGAUGCGGACUCGUCCUCGUUGAGGCCUCGCGUCACGGAGAGGAAAAGACGCGAGCUCCAGAGGAAGAAGGGAGCGGCUGGAGGAAAGCACGUGGGCGGCUGGGGGGGGAACGGGCUCAACGGAACGGCAGCUGGACGCGUGGACCCCAGGAGAGCAGAUGUGCUGCUGGGAGAAGGUCUGAGGUUCAGGCCUGCGGUCAGCCUGGCUACGAGGUGAGGAACUGGCCGCUGCACCUCCUCUUCCUGCUCUCCGCCGGCCUGGGUCACGAGAUCUUCUACAUCACCUGUCUGCCAAACAUCCACUGGAGUCUGGAUCCGUUCCUCUGCCGCCGCCUCGUCAACAUGUGGACUCUUUCUUUCAUCCCUCUCCCCCCCUUCCAGUGA